UCCGUAAAAGACGGUCCUAGCGGCGCUGAAUCUUGAGGCUCCGCGGGUCAAUUUUUUGAGUUUGUUUGGCGUGAUCCGAUUUUAAUCGGAGCCAUCAGAACUGCAACAAUGACGGUGGGGAAGAGCAGCAAGAUGCUGCAGCACAUCGACUACAGGAUGCGCUGCAUCCUGCAGGACGGUCGAAUUUUCAUCGGGACUUUCAAAGCCUUCGACAAGCACAUGAAUCUCAUCCUGUGCGACUGCGACGAGUUCAGGAAGAUAAAGCCCAAGAACUCCAAACAGCCUGAGCGCGAGGAGAAGCGUGUGCUUGGACUGGUACUGCUCAGAGGAGAGAACCUGGUGUCCAUGACCGUUGAAGGACCCCCUCCCAAAGAUACUGGCAUUGCCCGUGUGCCCUUGGCUGGUGUGGCAGGAGGGCCAGGUGUUGGCCGGGCAGCAGGCAGGGGGGUCCCUGCCGGAGCCCCGAUGCCCCAGGCCCCAGCAGGUCUCGCAGGGCCCGUCAGGGGUGUGGGAGGGCCAUCGCAACAGGUUAUGACCCCACAGGGAAGGGGAACAGUCGCUGCGGCAGCAGCUGGUGCCAGCAUUGCUGGCGCACCCACGCAGUACCCCCCAGGCAGAGGAGGACCCCCACCUCCCAUGGGCCGAGGAGCACCACCUCCAGGAAUGAUGGGCCCUCCCCCAGGCAUGAGACCCCCAAUGGGGCCCCCUAUGGGAAUGCCCCCUGGCCGCGGUGCCCCCAUGGGCAUGCCACCUCCUGGAAUGAGGCCCCCACCCCCAGGAAUGAGAGGGCCUCCCCCUCCAGGAAUGCGUCCCCCAAGACCCUGAGCCACCUCCCUGGAUUUAAACUUGUCAUGAACCUUCUGUCACUGGACUUCUCAGUUCAAACUGUUGUAUAGUUUUCAUUUUUGUAUUUUUUUUUUUUUUAAUAAACAUUUUUGUCUAUUUUAAAGGGACUUUGUCUCCUUUUAAAUAUGCAAGCUGGGUGUGUGUUCCUCAUAGCUUCCAUUCCGUCCAUUCUCUCACCAACUUGGGGUUGUGUUUUAUUUCAGUGCAGUGGAUUCAUGCUCCUGACCAGGUGCUCCACCCAGGAAUGCUCCCCAUGUUUCAUUUUAUUUUAUUGUAUUAAAAAUGUGAAUUUGUAUUCACGCCUUGUAGAGGGUAGUUUGUUGGCCUGAUGUCACUGUCCACUUUGUGCAUAAGAUGCUGCAAAUCUGUGGCUGAUAAUUGCACCAU